AUGGCAUCUCAAGUGGAGCAAGGCUUCAAAGUCGACAAGGGAUUUAAACCCCAAGCAUUUCAUGCUGCAAUUAUUGCAAUAAAGAAUGGGUUUGGAGUUAAGGUUACUGAAGCAAAUGUGACUAACCACUUGAGAACAAUUCGUAAACUAUGGGCAAGAAUUAAUAAACUGAAAGAGUUAAGUGGAAUGGGAUGGGAUAAUAGACUGAAGAUGAUUAUUAUGGGAGAAUCAGAAUUCAGGAACUAUGUACAGGCUCAUCCACAGGACGAGCCAUACUUAAACAAACCAAUUGAGGAUCAUGACUUGCUCGAGAUUAUUUGUGGUAACGAUUAA